AUGUUUGAUCAUAUAUUGUACUCAUUUUUGCUCAACGCUGGCUACCGCAAAAUGAAAUGGAGGAACUUAGUUUUCCUUGUACUAUGUUUGACCAGUUUCUUUGCUGUGGAGCAAGGAUUUUAUGUUCCUGGAGUUGCUCCAGUCGAAUUUAAAAUAGGCCAACGAAUAGAUGUUAAGGGGAUAAAAUUGACAUCAACGAAGACUAUAGUACCAUAUGAGUAUUACAUGUUACCAUUCUGCAGGCCGCCUGGAAAUAAAAUACACUAUAAUUCUGAGAACUUGGGUGAAGUGAUGAGGGGUGACCGUAUUGUUAAUACACCUUUUCAGGUAGCAAUGAGAGAGGACGUUUUGUGUAACACAACUUGUGAGGACCACACCAAACACCUAAGCGAAGCGGAUUCAGAAACAUUAAUCCGGCGCAUUAGGGAGGAUUAUCACGUUCAUUUGCUUGUUGACAAUCUUCCUUGUGUCACAAGAUAUGAAAUUAAAGAGACAGGAGAGGAAUUACACGAACAUGGUUAUCGGUUGGGAUGGGAAGAUAAGGGUCACUAUUUUGUUAAUAAUCACCUCGAUAUUGUUCUCAGUUAUCAUCAGCCAACACUUGGUGUAUUUCGCGUCGUUGGUUUCGAGGUCUCUCCUAGAAGCAUCGGCAAAGAAGAUUAUCAUUUCGAGAACCAUACUGGGUGCAAAAUUAGAGAUGUUUUUGGGCAUCAAGAAGUGCUAAGUGGGAAAAAUGAUAUAGUGUGGUCUUAUUCUGUUAAAUGGAAGGAGAGCAAUGUACCUUGGGCAAGCAGGUGGGAUACUUAUCUCAGGAUGAAGGAUGUACAAAUUCAUUGGUUCUCAAUCCUGAACUCUAUUGUUGUAAUUAUUUGUUUAUCAGGUUUUUUAAGUAUUAUCAUAGUGAGGACUGUGCGACGUGAUAUUGAUGAAUACAAUAUUAAGGAUGAUGAUGAAAGGCCUCUAGAAGAAACUGGCUGGAAGCUUGUAUAUGGUGACGUUUUUCGACCACCGCAAAAUUCAAUGCUUUUUGCCAAUAUCGUGGGGUCGGGUAUUCAAGUGGUGGGCAUGGUUGCCGUAACUGUAUUUUUUGCAAUGCUUGGUAUGCUUUCACCAGCAAGUCGAGGAUCGUUGAUGUCUGCAGCAAUAUUUCUGUAUUGUUUUAUGGGUUUGGUCGCCGGCUACCACACUGGAAGAUUGUAUAAAACAUUGAAAGGGUCACAACCAAAACGAUGCGCUUUUCGAACCGCUGUGUUGUUCCCUUCGAUCAUAUUAGGAAUAGGAUUUUUUCUCAAUUUCUUUUUAAUCGGGAAACACUCAUCAGGCGCUGUGCCAUUCACCACUAUGAUCGCUCUUUUAAUGUUAUGGUUCGGAAUUGACCUUCCUUUAGUUUUCCUCGGCUUCCACUUUGGAUACAGAAAACAGAUUUAUUCACAUCCGGUACGUACCAACCAAAUCCCACGGCAGGUUCCCGAUCAACCUUGGUAUCUCCACACGUUACCAUGCAUGCUUCUUGCAGGAAUACUUCCUUUUGGAGCCGUUUUUAUCGAAUUGUUUUUCAUAUUUUCUGCUAUAUGGGAAAAUCAAUUUUAUUAUCUUUUUGGAUUCCUGUUUAUUGUAUGCGUUAUUCUUUUCGUCUCCUGUGCGCAGAUAUCUAUAGUAGUUGUUUAUUUCCUUCUUUGCGCCGAGAACUAUCAUUGGUGGUGGAAGUCUUUCGUAAUCAGUGGUGGGUCGGCAGUGUAUGUUAUGGGUUAUGCAGCGUUCUAUUAUUUCACAAAGGUAAGCUUCAAUGUUCUGUUUGAAAGAUGUUUGCAGAAGCUCAAAAAUUUUUGUUGCACUAUAUGUGUCACUAUUAAACAUCAAAACUUUUUGCAGUUGAACAUCGUUGGGUUCAUACCAACUUUGCUGUACUUUAGCUACAGUUUCUUGAUGGCCCUCACUUUUUGGUUGUUGACAGGAACGAUAGGAUUUUACGCAGCAUAUUCAUUUAUAUGUCGCAUAUACGGCGCCGUCAAGAUCGACUAG